AUGGAGAGCCACUGGCCUAAGGACGGGGAUUCAGGGUCUAGCGGACCAAAAGAGCAGAGAGAACCCGAGUUCACCGGAUACAACGAAGCAGACGACGAGACGUUGGAUCGCAUAUACCGCAAAUUGGACAUACGUAUCAUACCGCCGUUAUGGACGCUCUACUUCCUCUGUUCUGCCAUCCGAUCCAACGUCGGGCUGGCCCAGACGAUGAAUCUCAAGGAAAAACAUGACCUGGGCCAUGUGCUACAUCUGACGCCCCGGCAGAUCUCGACGAGUUUGGCACUGUUCUAUGUAUGCUAUAUUAUAUUCGAUCUACCGUCGAACCUGAUUAUGACCAGACUAAGCCCUCAUGUCUGGAUGAGCCGGAUAGUCAUCAGUGUUGGCGUGAUAGGGGCGUUGAUGGCAGCUGUCAAAGCCGCGUGGUCGUUAUAUCUCCUCCGCCUGCUGCUUGGAAUCGUGAUAGCCGGCAUGUGGCCUGGCAUGGCAUACUAUCUAUCACUUUUCUACCCUCCCGCCCGGACCGGCCAGCGUAUAGGCUUCUACUUCACAGCCGCCCAAGUAUCCGCUGCAGUCGUUGGACUAGUAUCAGCUGGAUUCCAGAAAAUGGACGGCCUGCAGGGCCUCGUGGGCUUCCAAUGGAUGUUCCUCAUCUGGGGUCUGGUCGGUACUGUGAUGGGCAUAACGUUGCUAUGGUGGCUACCAGAUCGACCAGUACCACCAGGCGAAUCCCGCCCGCCUCGCUCGGCCUGGCUUCGAUGGAUACCCAACACCACACCAGCCCUAUCCGGCCGCGACGAGGAGCUACACUAUGCCGAUGUACAGCGUGUUUACAAGAAGGUCCAAUGGGGCUGGUCGGAUGUUCUUCGCAUACUGUGCGACUGGCGUCUCUGGCCAGUGACGAUAAUGUACUUUGGCGUCGUGGGCGUUGGCAUCGGAGUCCAAAGUUACGGCACGGUCAUCAUCCGGGCUGCCAUCCCUUCGCUGACGGGCGUGCAGCUGUCGUUGCUCUUUGCGCCGAUUUGGGUGAUGGACCUGAUAGCCAUACUGAUCAUGACCCCGAUAUCCGAUGCGUUCCAUCACCACAGACCGGCAAUAUUCAUAUUCUCGUGUCUGAUAUUGCUUACUGGCUUGCUGCUUACGACCUUCACGCACACCUGGACUGCAUACGGUGGCCUGUUGAUCGUAGGCUUCGGUCUGGGCCCGACGGUGCCUAUCACCAUGUCUCUGACCGCCGAGCUGUUUGGAGCAAGGUACGGUGACGUCGGCGUUGCUGCUUCGACGGCUAUAGUGAGUGGACUGGGCAACCUGGGCAGCAUUGUGAGUACGUAUGCGCUGUACACGGGCUGGGAAGGGGACGUGAAGAGGGGGUAUAGAGGCAGCAACGGGGUGAUGUGCGGGAUUGUUGGCGGGAGUAUUCUCGCCGCUGUGGUUGUGGGGAUGAUAGUCUGGGGCAAGCAGAAGGAGGAGCAGCGUGGAUGGAGAGGCGUCUGGUGGGCGAAAUGGCUGAUUAGAUGA